AUGUCAUUGCAAGCAGCAAUCCCAGAAGGCGAUUCAGAAGAGGAACCCUUAAAGCCUACUGAACCCCAAGCAAUUAAUCACAAGAUUAAAAAACUUCAGGAUUGGAAAGAGAAAUCUGAGAAGCUGAAGAGUAGUAUUCAGAAAGAGAAUGCCCAGUGGUUUAUUAAAAAGUCUGGGAAAAUCAUCAGUGGGCAAGAGUGUGGGCAACGCUUCAAUGAAAAAUGCUUGGGAAUGAUUGCAGAAUUCCAAAGUAACAUUGACCAGACUUUGAUGAGGACAGAGGCCCAAAAAGAAAAACACAAGAGAAUGUAUCCUUUUGCAAAAGAAACAUUCGUCUCGAAAAGGAGAAGAGUGAAAGAAAAUAAAGCAAUAGCUGGGAAGCGACGCCAUAAAAGAGCAGAGAAAAAUUGUGAGAGAGUGUUCUCUGCAAUCAGUCACUCAUCAUCUUAUGGUGAAGUUAUAACCUCCGAUCAUUGUAGUGUGAUAGGCCUUAACAACUUAACAAAGAAAGAUGGUAGGUGA